AUGUCCGAGUCCCGCUCAACCAAACAUCUCGUCGCGAUUUUCAUUCUCGCAUUUACCCUUUUCAUCAUCUCAAUCUUUGCUAUCGUUUUCAUUUCUAUGGAUAUCAUUCAUAUUCCAUAUAUUUCCCACGGCUUAGCUUCAUUUUUCUCAUGGAUAAAUGUAAUUCUCUCACCAAUAUACCCAUUCUGGGCUCCUCUAACUCUUGCUUUCUCCAUCAAACUUUAUCGACACGAGAAAUUUCCCAAACAAGGACAAUGGAUCACUUCAUCCAUCUUGAUGUUUUCGCAACAUCUUGGACAAAUAUGCGUGAAUACUUUGAAGGUUUUUGGAUUUUUCGAUGAUAUUUGCAAUUUUAGAAAUUGCUGGCAUGAAUAUUUUCAGAUUGGGUCGAUUGCGGUUGUCAUCAUUGGUGAGGUUUUGAGACUUCCGUGGGAUGGGAAUGUUCUUCAGAAUUGGGUCGAGAAGUUGGUAUUAGUUUGUGAGAAGGAGGAAGAAAAAGACACAGCUAAAAAUAAUGAGGAUGGGAUGGAAAAAGGUGUUGUUGGUCAUUCUGCAGAUGAGAUUGAAUAUUUGGAAGAUAUCAAGUCGGGUUUAGAUGAGGAAUAG